GUAGAAUAUCUGUGAUUCCAAAUAAUAAGAGCCCCCGUGUGCCGCCGUUUUACUGCAUCCUAGAAUUUAAUAUAGGGCUCUUUUACGUUGGUGCAGUAUGAAUCCUGUUACUGACAUUAUUAUUUUCUAGAUAUUUCCAGUUACUAUUUCUGCGGCCUCCAUGACGAAUUAUGAUUUUAAAAUUCCCGCCUAAAUCAAUCAAUUUACCAGAAUAGCACAAAUCUCUAUCGUACGACCUUUUUAAUCUUAAAUGGAAAUAAUGAAGAAUAAAGCACAUUCUGAAAAUUUAAAUGGAUAAUGUGCGAUGGCUAUUAACUGGAAACGUUAGAUAAGUUUUACAUUUUCAAGUGUCCGUUUAGGUCUUUGUUCUCACAAGUAAUAUCUUUGGCAUAGGUUGUUUGUGUGAAGCGAAUUCUAUCUGUGUCGAAAGGUGUUGGGUAAAUGGCGUCUCGUGAGUGAUUGUAAAGGGGUAUUUUUGAAAUUUUAGUCUCUCGAGUAAGUGGUGGUAAAUUUAAAGAGUAAAUCCACCGAAUUUAUAAUACACCAGAGAAAACAAUCGGCAAUAUGUCUCGCUACAGAGAUUGGGAUUUGUCAUGCAAAGUGUUUGUGGGAAAUCUGGGAAGUAGCGCUUCCAAAUAUGAAAUUGAAUCCGCUUUCAGUAAGUAUGGGCGUCUUAGAGAUGUUUGGCUAGCAAGAAACCCACCUGGGUUUGCCUUUGUGCAGUUUGAAGACCCGAGAGACGCUGAAGAUGCUGUUCGGGGUCUCGACGGUAUUAGAAUGUGUGGCUCCCGCGUAAGGGUGGAGAUGUCAACAGGGAGAAGCCGAAGAAGUGCCGGUGGUGAUCGUCGUGGUCGUUCAAGAUCCCGAACACCACGACGUCGUUCUUACAGCCGAUCCAGAUCCCGAAGUGCAUCACCGAGACGUUCUCGUGGAGAUUCACGAGACAGAAGAUAAACUAACAAAAAAAAAUCAGGUUGAUCAAACUGCCAGGAUGAAGAGGCUUCGACAUACAUCUCCAACAGAAAAAGUGGACAACCCAUAGUAGUUGCUUUUACCAGGAGGCAUGUGUCGUUCACUGAAAGCAAAAAUCUAAUACAACAUUGUCAAACUUCAAUUUCUCAUAGCUUUGAAUACUAGGAAACUAACAGGCUGCACCAUGUGGCUCCUGUGGUGGCCCAUUCAACAAUAUUCCUCACAGUUUUGUAUGCAUCAUCACAUCUCAGUUCAGAAUGUACACUUCCUCAGGUUACUCCAUAUAUGCUUUCUGGCAUCUCAUGAUGUAUGACUGUUACUGUAAAUGCAUGCUAAUACACAUUCCACAGCACUUGUUUCUUUGUCCAACAUAGUGGCCCCCUCUCCUGUGUUCAAGUACUCAGGAGAUGAAGAUUUGCAAUGUUCUAAAUGUAAUUUGGUUUUCAGGCAUUAAAAGUUUGAUAUAUGCAUAUAUAUUGAUUUAUGCUCACCGGUUUUAAAAUAAUUAAUGCAUAGUUACGAAGCACAAACUUCUUUCUUCUUGGGGAAUGGUUUACUUUGGUUUUUGUGUUCACAAAGAAGUGCCAUUGUCUGUCUAAUAAUGAAAGUAUAAAGAAGUUGGUACAUUGUAAUAUCAGCAACCCAGUAAACUUCAGAACAUGUUUUCAAACAUGUUAAUUAAACUGAGUGUCUAAGGAUAAUUGUUCAUGGUUAUUGUUUCAGUGAAGUUCUUUUCAUGAAUAUGUAUACCAAUUUUGUAUCGCACUAGCUGUGUAAUAAGUAGGUAGUACUGUUGCUGUUACUAAGUAAUAGUAUACAAAAUCAAUACAGUGUCUCUAGGUUAUGUAAAAGUGUUUACUAAUAAUAUACUUGGCUAUUCACUGCAAAACUUAAUUGCAUCUCUACUGUCAGGGAUUAAUUUUCAGAGAUGGACAUUUACAAAAUGAAAAUUACUAUAUUUACUGUCAGCUGAAGCCAUGUUUGUUCUGUUGCUUUUAAAGUGUGACUUUGUUCUUCAUGGAACAGAAUUGUUAUAAUUUCUCAUUUUCUGUGCUCAUAUCUGGGAUGCAGAAUGUCUCUUCCACCUGGCACCCUGUUUGAUCCAUUUAUAAUUUCUCUUAAUUGUGAAAAGUCUUUAUACUAAGUAUCUGUAACUUGUUUGAAAUCCAUGUCAAAGUUUCGAAAAUAAAGAUUGAACGAAAAGA